GGCGCUAAGAUUUUAUUCGUUGCAGAAAUUUACCGAUAGAGAACAGAAAAGCUAAACGUUCAAAUGUUUUUAAAUCACGAAGAACUGUAUUUUUAUUCAUAAAUGGGUUUAUAUUAUUUGCACAAAACUGUCUAAUACGGGAGAAAAGGAACAAAAUCGAGCCAGCAUGCCAGAACCUGUAAAUCAUCAGGUAAAUGCGGCUCGUAAAACGUUCCAAACAUUGUACCAAAUUUCUAAACUACUUAAUACAAACUUAGAUCCAGCAACAUUAAGUAUUUGCAUAAGGCUGUGCGAAAAUGGGGUAAACCCUUAUGCUCUUGCUACGGUAGUAAAAGAAUUACAAAGAGAAGCAAAAGCUAUGAAUAAUGCACAAACUGAUCCUACAGUCAGUAAAUCUAGUUUAAGUAAAUAAUUAAUCUAAUUUUGUUGUUAUGAAUCUUGUUGUAAUUAAUACAGAAAAAUGCUCUCUAUAAAUAGAUUUUCUAUUCUUCGUUAUUCUAUAUAAUGAAUGGUUUAAAUAUCACAAUUAAUUUCUUUUGCUUAUAACAAAUUUUAAUUGUACAAUUACCAUGACAUAUAUACUCUUCCAAUUUUGUAUAAUACAUUUAUUUUCAUGAUCUUAAUUUUGUAAAUACAAUCGAAUAAAAAUGGAUUGUAUAUUCAAUAAAUAAUUGAUUUUCUAAAGUA